AUGUAUGAGUUCACACCCUUCUACUACCAUCCGCUGAGCUAUUCUCAGCAUGCAAACCUAUGCCGUCAAUGGGAAAAGGCAAAAGCUGCGUCAAGGGCUGAGGAAUUGAAGCGGCUCAAAAGAGACAGAUUUCAGUCUGCGCUCGAUAAACUGCGUCAGCUAGGUUGGGGAGAUGAACUCGACCUUCUUGCGCCAAAAUACAAGCCAUUGACUCGACACGAACCCUUGCGCGCAGCACAGAAGCUCACUGAUCGUAUUUGGCAGAAUAUUGGCGGUGGCGUUGUGGCAAUCCUGGAGGACAUCCGAGACGAGCGAUACCGGACGAAACACACAGAGGUUCUACGAAAACGACUAGAUGCGCUGUGCACCGUCAUACUCAACAAAUACUCCAAUUCCCCAAGAACAGUCGAGACUGAGUACAAGCCCCACAUGUGCGACAUCAUCACGAUGCCUGAGAUACGAGAAAUCGUUCAUUCAUCGAAUGAUGCCGCACUAGGAUCUCAGAGCGAAGAGAAGGUCCGUGCAUUGCUACCCAGCCUUGUGGACCACUGGCAAACGAGGGCCUGCGAAGAGCUAACGAGACUCGCGUCACGGUGGACCAAGUGCGCAGAAGGUGCAGAUGUCUUGAGUUUGGCCGCCACUCACUUCGUCUGUUCUGUAUGCACCAAGCUAUUGCCUUAUCCGGAGGUCCUCGCACACAACUGUCUGCGCUAUUUGGCGCCUGUUUUGUUCAGGCAUCCUUACAAUCAGUACAUGAUCUACGAAAUCGCGGCGUGGACGGUGGGCGUUAAUGGCCAGCCUUGGAAUAGUCAGCUUCUUAUUGGCCCGGGCCAACGCUUUCACGAGCGGAUCCGCACGAUCAUAAAGCUAUGUGGCCAAGAUCCAGACCGAACGACUAGACAAGAGUUAAAGAACUUAAAUGUCUAUAUCUCGUAUCCAAGGUACAAUGAUAAGAACCGCGUCAUCACUUUGCGCACUGCGGUGGAGAAGGAAUGGCAGUGCUGGACGUCAAAGUCCCGGCAUGACGAAUCUGUCGAAUAUAAAGGGCGCAUUGCCACGGAGGCUGAGCUCUCAGAGGCGCAGAGGGGCGGUCAAGAAGUGCUCUGGAGUAAGCACGACUACCCAUGGUGCUGUUCUCUGUGUACGCCUCGUGGUGACGAUCGUUCGAGGUUCAGCCUCUACGGAAUUCAGGCGCAUAUGCAACAAAUGCAUUCUAUCAACAAUGCAAGUGAAAAGGAGGGUAAUUUCUACGCCUACCCUGAGUGUGGAAUGCAACCUUUUUAG